ACCACCCUUUGGGGUCAUUUUCCAAAUUUCGCAUUCAAGCUAUCAAAUAUUAAUUUCCUCUCCAGUUUUUCAUUAACUGCUUGUUUCGAUCACUCAGAGAUCGAAUCGAACCAAUGGAGAACGAACUGAUUCGCCCAGAUUUGCCCAGCCGCUGCACGUGGUCACCCAAUGCAGCCGGCAGCCAUCACACGGAACGGAGCAAACAAUGUGACAGGAAAAAGGUGAUGCCCGACAUCCUUCAUGCUAUCGGAGGAACACCGAUGGUUCGACUGAACAAUUUGCCAAAGACCCUGGGAAUCCAGUGCGAAGUGUUCGCAAAGUGCGAGUUCAUGAACCCCGGGGGCUCGGUAAAGGACCGGAUCGGCUUCCGGAUGGUCCAGGACGCCGAGGAGCGGGGCCUACUCAAGCCGGGCUGCACGAUAAUCGAGCCCACGAGCGGGAACACGGGCAUUGGGCUGGCGAUGGCCGCGGCGGUCAAGGGCUACAAGUGCAUCAUCGUCAUGCCGGAAAAAAUGUCGGACGAGAAGGUGUCCACGCUGCUGGCUCUGGGCGCCAAGAUCGUUCGCACGCCCACCGAGGCCGCCUGGAACAGUCCCGAGGGCCACAUCGCCACCUCCCAGAGGCUGCAAAAGGAGACGCCCAACAGCGUCAUUCUAGACCAGUACACGAAUCCAGGAAACCCCUUGGCUCACUACGACCAGACGGGCUCCGAGAUUUGGGAGCAGUGCGACCGGAAAAUCGACUACCUGGUCGCUGGGGCUGGCACUGGUGGCACCAUCACCGGGAUCGGCCGUAGGCUCAAGGAGCUCUCGCCGAGCACGAAGAUCGUGGCCGUCGAUCCCGAGGGUAGCUUGCUCGCCGAGCCCCCGGAGAUCAACGACUCAACCGUGCAGAUUUACGACGUCGAAGGCAUAGGGUACGACUUCAUCCCUACCGUUCUGGACCGUAGUAUCGUCGACAUGUGGGUGAAAACAAAGGACUCGGAGUCCUUCCGCGCAGCUAGACAAUUGAUCAAGGAAGAGGGGCUGUUGUGCGGCGGCAGUAGCGGGGCUGCUUUUGCCGCGGCGUUGACGUUCAUCAAGGACCUGCCGGCUGAUAAGCGCGUCGUCAUUAUUUUGCCGGAUGGUAUACGUAACUACAUGACGAAGUUCGUGUCGGACAUGUGGAUGGAGUCGAGGAAUUUUCUGGAACCGCCCAUGCCGGACAAGAGCAACGAGUGGUGGUGGAAUUUACGAGUGUCUGAGAUACCCUUCAGUAAGCCCGUCUGUCUUCCGAUUGAUUCGACUUGCGGGGAUGCUGUGGCUCUAUUGAAGACCAAACACUUUCAUCAAAUGCCAGUCAUCGAUAACGAGAACAACGUCAAGGGCUUCGUUACUCUGGACAAACUAUUGGCAUGCAUGAUUUCCGGGGAAGUUAAAAAGUCCGACUUGGCGGUGAAAACUAUCCAAAAACAAUUUAGAAAAGUUGCCAAAGCCACGACUUUGGGGAGAUUAUCGAGGAUGCUGCAAAAAGACGUUUAUGCAGUGGUCCUCGACGAGGACAACGAUGGUGCUCUCAUUGGAAUUGUAACUCAAAUUGAUCUCAUGCAUUUCAUUUGCGAUAAUUAA